AGGUUUGGAUCUCGUUAUCGAUAGAAGGCCCAAAAACUCAAGCUGGGCCCACAAUGCAGCACUUCAGGAAACUAAGUCCAAAGCUGUAUGGGCUUGUACAGGGCCCAGCAAGACCAACCCAAUUUCAGGUUCCAACCCCAGCAAAAAGCACCACGGAGAAAAUAUUUUCAUACCCAAAUUAUCCCUACCGGGUGGAACUAUCAAUUUUAAGGGGAGAAAAUACCAUUUUCCCACAGAUUGAUAAUAACAAGGUACUCAUGCAAUUCCCACCUGACAAAUCCCAGUAUCCAACAGGAGUUUUUGUCGGCUGCUUAUCCAAGAGUAACUAAAUAUAUCAUACAAAAAAAAAAAAAAAAAAAUCGAAGAGAAAAGUGCAGUUAGUGGAAGAAAAUCAGGACCACUGUCUCUCUCCUUGGAAUGGGCUCUCAUUCUCUCAAACAAUAUUUGAAUUUUGAUUUGCUUGUCUCGUCCUUGCAUCAACCCAAUUCCCAAAAGAUUCAAAUCCAACCCCUCAAAAUCUACUGUUAUUCUCUCUCCAAAACAUCCCCUUUAUAUCCUCUUUCUUUUCAUUUCACUACCGUGGAAAUGGAUUCCAUGAGAUUUUCAGCUGGAAUGGGUGGAAUUUGGAGGGAUCAGCUCAAACCAAGAAAACCCACCAAGCAUUUCAAGGGUAAGUGCUUGGAAGACCACUCCUUUGAGGUUUCAGUAGAUGGGUAUGGGCCUGUUUUAGCUCUAAUGCUUGUUUGGGGGUCUUUUGUUUUUGGGUCUUGUGAGGAUUUCUCAAUGGUUUCAGUUCCUUUGGGGUUUGAGGUUUCUGGGUAUGAAGCAAGGCAUUGGGUGUCUGAAAAUGGUGUUUUUGCAUUUGGUUUCUUGCCUGAUUUCCAGAAAGGUGAUGGCUUUGUUGUGGGGAUUUGGUACAAUUUCAAAGGCAGAGGUGUGGCAGAGAUGCCGCCUGUUUGGACUGUUGGUGGGGGUAUUAGAGUCUCAGAAAACUCUACUUUUCAGCUCUCCAGGGAUGGGAGCUUGCUCUUGUUUGAAAAUCCGACUGGCUUGCUUGUUUGGAGUAGCAAUACUGCUAGUUUGGGAGUUCAAGAAGCUAACCUUUUGAACAAUGGGAAUCUGAUUUUAAGAGGUUUUGGGCAGAAAGUGGUUUGGGAGAGCUUCCACAGCCCAACAGAUACUCUCCUUCCUGGCCAGUCCUUACACUUCCCUCAAACCCUCCAAGCCCCUUCAGCAAACUCCAUUGCUGGUUACUAUAGCUUUGUGAUUCGGGACUCGGGCGAUCUUGCGCUCGUGUGGGAUAACAAUGUUACCUACUGGAGUAGCGGUUUGGGGCCUGCUGUUUCUGCUGCUGAAGCAAGAGUCGAGUCGAACGGGGUUCUUGGGCUGUUUGAUGCGAACGGUAGCAUUGUUUGGCAUCGGUCGAGUAAGGACGUUAAAGACCCAUCUGUGGUUUUCCGACAUCUGCGUAUAGAUGCUGAUGGGAACCUUCGAAUUUAUUCAUGGGAUGAUGCUCUUCAGGCAUGGAAGGUAGUAUGGCAAGCUGUCGAAAACCAAUGCAAUGUCUUUGGUUCUUGCGGUUUGUAUAGCAUUUGUGGGUACAAUUCGACAGGGCCGGUUUGCAAUUGCCUGGUUCCGGAUUCGUUAAGCUUGGGCGCAGCACCUGGAGUGGAGAUUGGUUCUUAUGGUUGCAAGAAGAUGACUGAUUUGAGCAACUGCAAGAUGGGCAUAAGCAUGUUCGUGCUGAAACAGACCGUUCUUUAUGGGCUUUAUCCUCCUCACGACGUCGAUACAAUGCUGAGUGUGGAAGCUUGCAGAGACUACUGUUUGAAUGACAGUUCUUGCUACGCUGCAACUGCAAGAAAUGAUGGUUCAGGCCUUUGUACCAUAAAAAGAACCGGCUUCAUCAGCGGAUACCGAUAUGCAUCUGUUUCUGCAACUUCCUUCUUGAAAGUAUGUCUGGUUCCUCAGGCAGUGUCUACUCAGGAAACCGAUUUACACAACCACCAAUCAUCGAUGCAAUUAUCAAAACCACGAUCCACUCCGCAGGUAGAUUACCACAAGGGUCUCAUACUUGCUAUUGGUGUGCUGUUUUUGCUAACUGCAUCGGUUUUCCUUACAAUUGAGAUGUUUGUAUUCUGGUUUAUCUAUCGGAGAAGGCAAAUUAAGGGUCGGAAGAGAGUCCCAUUCCAGAAAGAUGCUUUGUUGAAUCGUCAUUACAGUGCGCUUAUUAGAUUAUCAUUCGAAGAAGUGAAAGAGCUGAUGAAAAAUUUCACAGUCCAAAUUGGGCCAACUGUUUUUAAAGGCAUCCUACCAAACCAGGUUGCAGUGGUUGCUAAGGUUCUGAAGAAUGUGGUAGCAUCCGAGAAGGACUUCCGAAUGGCGGUUUCUACCUUGGGUAGUACUCACCACAGAAAUCUUGUUGCUUUGAAGGGCUUCUGUUUCGAGCUGAAACACACGACUCUGCUUUACGAAUACAUAAACAAUGGCUCACUUGAUCAGUGGCUACUCAACAUUGGGCGGGAUAGAAAUCAAGGCAGCUGGCAGCAGCGGCUCGAUAUUGCCAUUGGGGUAGCGCGGGCAAUUGCUUAUCUACAUCUGGAGUGUCAACAAUGCAUUGCUCAUGGGAAUCUGAAGCUCGAGAACAUUUUGCUCGAUGAGCAAUUGGUCGCGAAAGUGACUGAUUUCGGUCUACAUUGCUUAUUGCAAAAAGAAGCCGCUUCAUCGUCGGAGACUCUACCCGAAAGAGAUGUGUACAUGUUUGGGGAGAUGCUGCUACAGAUUGUUACAGGCAAGAGGGAUGCUGAUCUGCAUCUCCUGGUUUACAACAUGUGUAGGGAUGAGAAAUUGAGCGAAGUCAUUGACGACCGAUUGGAGGGGGGAGUGGAGUGGGACAGUGUUGAAAGAAUGGUUCGGAUAGCUUUGUGGUGUAUGCAAGACCAACCGUUCCUUAGACCUUCCAUUGGUGAAGUGGUUAAGGUUUUGGAAGGUGCUCUUCAAGUAGAUACACCUCCGGCAAGCACUGCUUUCAUGUCCAAAGAAAAUCAGACAGCUGAGGGAGACCUGGAUGUUAUUGAGGCAGCUUCGUGAUUCAAAGACGGAUUUGCCCCAUGGGCAGAUGGGCAUUCAAAUGCCAAUUCUGGAGGUAUGUCGAUCAGAUGUUUCAAAAUUGGUUUUGAUAUCUAUGUCACAUACUUCAAUGCAGGCUUCUUUUUCUUUUUUCCACUUAAAAUUGAAGUAUUUGACAUGGCUAGCAGACCCAUUUUGGAGCAUCUGUGUAACACUGAAAUUACCAAAAUGACUGAAAUUUAAGACCCACUGCUCUUUCGAUGUGUUGACAAUUGACACUGAGAUGUAACAGUAUCAGGAUCUAGUCCUGGAUCUGUAUCGAUCUUACAGUGCCAAAUGCACUCUGGGGUUGAGAUGGGACUUUGGAAUUUUGUAACCAUCGAACCCUGAAAGAUCUGUGGAUCUCUUAUAUGGUACGUGAUUUUGACAUCGAAAUUAAUACAACGAAGCAGAUUUGGGCCA